AUGAAGCUGAAAACCAUAUCGGAAACCGUAAACAAGGACGAACUGUUCAAAAAGGUGUGGAACCUUUCUGCAGAUCAUUGUAUGGAUGUUGUAUUAAUGAUGUUCUCACAUGCAGAAGGUACAACACUACUUGGCACACACAAGCUUGAACAAUUUAUUGUGACUACUGAACUUUGUCGUUUCACUUCGAUGAUGUUUAAUCGUCCACCGCUAUACCGUCCUGCUCUAGACUGCACAGUGGCCAAUGAUUUUGUUUCUACAGAAUUUGAACGUUAUAUUGAUCUGGUUGAAGACAAUGCUUAUGAAUUGUCAAGUGCUCCUAAUAGCGAGGUACUUGUUAUCAUUGCAAACAACGAAUGCCGCAAAUUUAUUUUUGCUUCACCACGUUUACGUCCUUAUAUCAUGUCCAAGGAAUGCAUCUCUGUCAUUGAAAGAUGCUUGGGCCAAGGCACUUUCUCUGCUGGUCAAGAAUCUGAUAUGGAUAAAUAG